CCAACAAGUUUAAACUGUUGCAUAUGAUUGAUGAUCUUGCCAUUACAUGUUUAUCACUUAAAUUGAUAUUUUCCUAAACGAUGAUGAAGAGUUGAUCUCAAUUUUACUAGAGUUUGGAUGAAGCAAUUCGAUAUCUAAAGUUUAAUUAAGGGUUCAAAUAAAGGGUUCUUUGAUGUGGAGAGGAGAAAUCGAAUUGGGGUUUAGAUGGUGGAAUGUGGGGAAGCUUAAUGGUGAGAAUAAGAAACGAGAAUAAAUCAUGACGAGGGAUUCUUAUUCUCAUUUAUUCUACUUUAUUGUCCAGAGUCAAAACAUGAAACUAAGUCAUUACAUAUAGAUCCUUGAAUUCUCACCAUUCUUGUUUUAUCGUUUAUUUUUCCUUCCUUUCGUCUUUUGCUCAAUACUACCUAAAGGUCUACAACACUACCUCAAUUCCUUUUUGUUUGUCCGAAACAUUCUCUUUAAAGAAAAAAAAUUGACCAUAGUUUUAUAGAUAUAUGUAUAAGAAAAAUCAUGCUGAUGUGCGAUCUUAUUAGAUUGGUCUCGAUAUGUAAUAUAAUAAUAUAGUACCAUACUACUCCGUAUCAAAAAAGUAUGUAUAUACUUGUGUAAUACUACCAUCUAAAAGUUUGUGAAGAUAUUAUGAUAUAUUGAUAUACUUAUACGACUAAAAAUAUUAGUCAAAAAAUGUCCAUUGAGUCAUCCUUAAGCGUAUGACACCAUUUCCAUUCUUUCCUUUUCCUGCAAAGUCCUCUCAACCUAAAAGGGCCUUAGGAACCCUCCAUAUUAAAUGGAGCAUUUAUGUACCUUCUAAAUUACUCAAUUAUUUGAACGAUUUAAGAAAAUGUAGCAAGUUUUCUGAACAUCCUGUAAUAUUUAUGUGAUUAUUAUUUCCGGAUGAAAGGAGUACUACUUUGUCCCCUCAAGGUAUCUUUUUCAACAAUUAUGAUUCAUAAUAAUAACACAACAACUUCAUUAUUUAUUUUUUCAACUUCUUCAUUGUUAUUCCAACAUUGCAUUUUCUCCUAAAUGAUAGAGCUAAAUAAAGAAAAUCAUUGGUCAAAAUUGUUAUUCUUACAUAUAUGAAAAGACUUGAACUUUAUUUCGGUAUAUACGGAGGGAACAAAAAGAACGAUAAAAUUAGAAGCCAACUUAGACACAGCUAAGAAAUUAUGACAGAAAUUAUAUAUCUCCCAAAUCCAACAGAAAUAUUUUUACUAAAUUUAGUAAAAAAAACAGACACUUUAUCUCCAUGUAGGAUAGAUGGUGUUGGAAAGUCGUAUGUUUUUGGUUUUUCUUAUAUGAAUGACUUAUAUGAAUUUUAUGUCAAAGCUUCGCUUUUAUUUACGAUUCAAAAUUUAUUAUCUGGAAUAUUUCCUCCUCCGAGUAUAGGGGAAUCAAAUAAAGGUUUGGUUGCUUCGCGUAUCAAUUGAGAGAACGCGGAGCAACCAAGAAAGAAGAGAGGAUCUAGAGAGAUAGAGAAAUUAAAGAGGCAAGGUAAUACAUUUGAAUGGAUGCAUUACCUGAAACUGUAGAAUUGGGUCACAAUGCCGUGGCGGUUGCCAUUGAUAAGAGCAAGAACAGCCAACAAGCUGUUAGAUGGACUAUUGAUAAUUUCUUAAAGGGAAAGGAAUUUCAAAUUGUUCUUGUUCAUGUUAAAACCCACCAUCAUAAUGCUCAGGUUGAAUAUUCUGCCGGUGGCACAUCCCCAACAGAAUCUGACGUACAACAUUUAUUCCUUCCUUAUCGUGGAUUUUGUAGUCGAAAAGGGAUUGAUGCAAUUGAGGUGGUACUUCAUGAUAUUGAUGUUUCGAGUGCGCUAAUCAACUAUAUCGAGCACAACAACCUUGGCAAUAUUGUUGUUGGGGCUUCAAAUCGUAAUGCUAUUACAAGGAGAUUUAAAGCAGCAGAUGUUCCAACAUGCCUUGAAAAAUCAGCACCAGAUUUUUGUGCCGUGUACGUGAUAUACAAAGGGAAGGUGCAGACAUUGCGACCUUCUAAUGUGUGUCUUAUGCCUAAUGCCCCAGUUGCUGCUCUUAUACGGUCAGGUACGAGCUCUAACUCUGGAGCCUCGACUUACAGAACCACCCAUUCAAAGUCUAGCUUUGGAAAUAGUAGCAUCUCUAGUCAUACUUCGCGAUCAAGCAUUGCACUUUCAGAGAGGAAUUACUCGUCAGGAAGCAGUAACCCAAGUAACCAUUGGAUUCCCAGUGGCCGCGAAUCAUCAACACAUCUUCAGCGCCUGACCCCUGAUGGUGGUCAUCAAUACAUCCAGCCGCGGAGUAUACAACAAAAUGGUUGUGAUUCAGAUUCACCAACUAUUGAGCAUCGUUUGACUUCUAGUAAUCGCUACAACAACACCCCGAGAAUACGCCAUGAAAUUGACUUCUCUGGUAACCAUUAUCCAAGCACUUAUAGCAGGAGCUCUGAUAACUCAUCAAAUCAUUCUUCUAGUAGAUUACAAGUCUUGGGCCACCCACCUCCUCAUCCAUACAGCAACACCAGCACAGAAUAUACCUCCAGAAACUCUUAUACCUCAAGUAGUGAAGGCCGAAGUACACCAGAAAGAAGAUACAAUAACGUAAGAAACCCUUCAUAUGGUUCUGCUCAGGACAGUAGUUUCGAGUCUGCCAGUGCUACGUCUCUCGACUAUAGCGAGCAACAUCCUCGUUCAUCCACGAGUUCCCAAGGCUCUUCUUCUUUUGGGGAUGAGCUAGAAGUUGAAAUGGCGAGACUUAAGCUUGAAAUAAGGAGCACAAUGCAGCUUUAUCAUUCGAUUUGCGACCAAGCAAAUGUUGCAAAACAACAGGCUGAUUUAAUUCAAAAUGGGAACGACGACAGUAUUGAGGAAGUGAGGCUUGCAAGAGAGGCUGUAUUGGUUGUGGCAGAUCUAGAGCGGCUAAAAUGCCAAGCUGCUAUGGAUGCAGCACAUUUAUCAGAAAAGUUAGUAGAUUUGGAGAAUCGGAAGACGAAAAUGGUAGAGCAGAAAGCAGCUAGACACGAAGAGGAGGAUAGGAGAUCAGGAAACAACACUUCAACCCAAUUAGCCACCUAUCGGUUAUACUCUUUGAAAGAUAUUGAAAUUGGAACUAAUUACUUCUCCAGUUCGUUGAAGAUUGGUGAAGGGGGUUAUGGACCUGUCUAUCGGGCCAUUAUUCAGCACACCUCUGUCGCCAUCAAGGUUCUCAGACCCAAUGUAUCCCAAGGGCUUAAGCAAUUUCAACAGGAGAUUGAGGUGCUAGGACGAAUGAGACACCCAAACAUGGUACUCCUCCUAGGAGCAUGUCCAGAGUACGGGUGCCUUGUAUAUGAGUACAUGGAGAACGGGAGCCUAGAAGACAGAUUAUUCCAUAAAAACGGCACCCCAACCAUCCCUUGGAAAGCUCGGUUCAAGAUAGCAGCCGAGAUAGCAACAUCACUCCUCUUCCUACACGAUGCAAAGCCAGAUCCAAUGGUGCACCGCGAUUUAAAACCAGCAAACAUUCUCCUAGACUCAAACUACACGAGCAAGAUAGGUGACGUAGGCUUGGCACGUCUAGUACCUUCAACAGUAGCUAAUCAGAUGACUCAAUACCAUAUGACAGCCGCAGCUGGUACAUUCUGUUACAUUGACCCGGAAUAUCAGCAAACGGGUCAGCUCGGGACAAAGUCGGAUAUUUACUCACUCGGAAUCAUUUUGCUCCAGUUGAUAACAGCAAAGCAUCCUAUGGCAUUGUCUUACCAUGUGGAGGAAGCGAUUGAGGCGGGUAAAUUCGACGAGAUGCUCGAUCCUGCCGUGCCGAAUUGGCCUUUCCAAGAGGCUUUGGAUAUGGCUAAAUUGGCUAUUAAAUGUACUCAGCUUCGGAAAAAGGAUAGACCGGAUUUGGACUCUUUUAUUUUGCCAGAGUUGAUCCGGUUAAGAGACUUAGCCAUGAGUUCAUAAAUUUCCCUCUUUUCUUUCUUAAUUAAUUAGAAUAUGGGAAAUAUUCUUGGAUAUUGUUUGUUCAAUCAAUCGUAGUAUAUUGUAAAUAUUCUCUUGUAAUUUUAUUGUUAAAACAUACUGUAUGUAUUAUGUAAUAUGAGGGAAUACACAAUAUAUACAUCACUAUCGGAGUGGUAACUCCAUUUAUGGAGAUUUUACACAAAUAUAUGAAUGGUAUCACUAUUAAAUUAAUAGGUAA